AUGCUAUUUGAGUCGGAAUGUGCAUUUUUUAUGUCGGCUGCGCUAGCACCGACCACGGUAGCAACCACCACGGCGUCACUACUGGUGGCUACAACAACGUCACAACUGACGGAGGCAACCAAAAGGACGACCGCUUUAUCGUCGUCGUAUUCGAGUGAUGGCACCUUUUCAAACGGAUUUUUCAAUAUAGAGCAACCACAGGAGUUAGUGUUUGAUUGUGGGCAACAUCAGCAGCAGCAGCAACACCAGCCAGAGCAGCUGCCGAAAUUGGAACAAGAGCAACAUCACAAAGCGCUACAGAUAGAGCAGCAGCAGCAGCAGCAACCAUCGCAACAGCAGCCAGAACAUCUACUUAAAACCGAACAAGAACCACUACCAGAGCAGCCACAAAACCGACAAGAUUCAUUAGACGUUCAGAAGGAUCAAUUACCACAAACGAUGGAAGUUGAAGUAAAACAAAAUCCCUUGCAAGAUCAACCGGCCGAAGUAGCCAAACCAACAAAAAAGAAAAAAGCUGUGCUGCGAGAAAAACAUCAGACCGUCGAUAUUCUGCCGUCUCCCAGCAAGUUGUUGGAUUUCGUCCCAUCCACCGAACAACUGAAGUCGGCCUCGGCACCUGAAGCGGCUACUACGAAACAGAAAUCGUCGGCAAAAUUGAAAGCAGCCUCCUCCACUGGUUCCGGCUCGAAAAAGAUCAGCCCCAAAACCCGAAAGGUGUCACUGGCGUCGAUCAUCUUCCGGCAGCUGAUGGCGGCCGGUGGUCAGGGAAUCGGCGUUGGCAUCGACAAGGAUCUCCCGUUUCCGGCGAGGCAGCGGCCACCGCCUCGUGCAGCACCAGCAGGACCAGCUGAAGGUAGUGGUGUGAAAAAAUCCUCCACCAAAGCGUCCAUUUCCAACACCAAGGGCAUCAGCUCGGACUCGUCCGGUGAUCCCAUGCCGGAGCAUUUUGGGUCUGCGAUCGAGGAAUGUUAG